CUGGAUCCAUUGAGAAGACUGCCACCCAGUCUUUCCAUUGGUAUGACUUUCUCUUUAUCAAUUGACUGACUGCAGGUCUCUAGCAUCUCAAGACACUGCUUCUUAUUUCCACCAGGUAAGAAUGGUCCCCUGGGGCUUGGACGUUGUGUUCGUCUGCUUCUUCUUGGGCCUGACCAAAGAAGGACACGCAGGAAACCCACAGCAGGCGUUUCGGGUGGAACCAGAGAACACCACCGUCCACGAAGGGGAAACGGCUCUGUUCACAUGUGAGGUGGACCACCUCUCUGGCCUUGUGCAGUGGGUGAAGGACGGGCUUCUGCUGGGUCCCGAUGAGAAAAUUCCAAGGUUCCCACGCUACAGCAUGGUGGGAGAUCUGAGCAAAGGCCAGUAUCAUCUUCAGAUAAUAAGGAGUCAACUGGAAGAUGAUGCCACAUAUGAAUGCCAAGUUGGGCCCUCAGAGACAAGUGCCGGCCUCAUCUCUCGCAGUGUGCAACUCACCGUGCUUAUUCCCCCUAAGAGGCCGCUCAUUAGGAAAUAUGAAGCCAACAGCACGGUGACUUGGGUGGCUGGAAUGGAAUACACAGUGCAUUGUGAAGUGACAGGUGCCCGGCCUCCAGCUGAACUCACCUUCUACGCGGGUGACAAUGAACUGAGAGAUGUGACAUCUCAGAUUCAGCCUAGUUCUACAGAUAAACUUUUUGACACUGAAGCUACCUUGAGGAUCACCGCCAAGAGCACAGACAACAGGCAACAGCUGACAUGUAGAGCCUCCAACGUUGUUGCGUUAAUCUCAGUGGUGGUCGGCUUUACCAUGAACGUCCAGUUCCCACCCCAGCCGCCCAUCAUUGAAGGAUACAGCGGCCCCAUGGUAAAAGCCAAGGACAACCUCAAACUGACCUGCGUUUCUUUGAGUGGAAACCCUCUAGCGACACUGCAAUGGCUGAAGAAUGGUGAAGUAAUUUCCACUAACUGGGAGACAGAUGAUGCCAACCAGUUAUCCAGGAGUUCCUUGAAACUCAGUUUGACCGCUGAAGACAACAUGGCUGCAGUGAGCUGCCAGGCCUUGAAUCAAGUAACGUCACAUCCCCUUCAGGCCAGUAUCAAUCUGCAUGUGGUUUUUCCUCCCGAACAGGUCAAGAUCAUUGGCUCAACCAGCGCUCAAGAAAACAAAGAGAUCUCCGUGUCUUGUUCUACUUCCCCUAGCAACCCACCUGUGUUCCUGCGCUGGUGGCUUGGCUGGAGGGAGCUGAAUGCCACCGAAGUUGCUAGUUCAGAGGCAGCUCAUGGCGGGAUGAUUACAGUCUCUAAUUUGACAUACGUUGCAAGCCGAGAAGACAAUGGGCUGUCUUUGAUCUGCGAGGCCUUCAAUGAAGCCAUCAUGUAUACCAAGAGUGCUACCGUGACGCUCAGAGUGACAUAUCCACCACAGAAGAUCUGGAUCGAUGUCCCGCCCCCGGAAACAUGCUUUCGAGCUGGCACCAAAGUCAAACUCGCCUGUUUUGCCAGUGGGGGGAACCCCCCGCCUCGCCUUGAGUGGUAUAAGGUGACCUGUCCCCACAUGGUGGGAACCCCUGAAACGUGCACACAACACCAGAAGCAACCUCCUGGUCAGAGUGGGCUUCUGAAGCCGUGCACAGGGAAGCAAGAUACCAAGAUAGUGAGGGAUGGAACAACAUCGGGGGCAUCAGGGAAUAUUGUUUCCAAGGAACUGAUCCUGACCACCACCGCCAGUGACAACAUGGCCACCUACCGCUGCAAUGCUACCAGUCAUUCUCGAACCCCAGCACUCACCGCAUACACCUUUCUGCAUGUUCAGUUCCCACCCCUCCAAGCAACAAUUACUGUGACCGACAAGGUGGUGAAACGUGGCCAGUCAAUGACUCUGACCUGUAAAUCGGGAAGCAGCAACCCUCCUGCCAGACUCCUCUGGUUCAAAGACGGGAAGAAGUUGAAUGCAACUGAUCUUGGUCAGAAAAAAGCUGAAUAUGGAGGUUUCUCUACUUCAGGGAAGGUGACUCUGGUGGCGUCUUCUGCAGAUCAUGGGAAAAGGGUGGAAUGCCAUACAUACAGUGCAGCCCUUUCUGAAGGCGUGAAUACCUUCUACCAGCUUACUGUUCUAUUUCCCCCAGAAUUCUCCAGUGAGCAACCCCAUGUGGUGCAAACAGUGGAGCAUGGAUCUGUCCUGCUGCCUCUGCUGGUCUCUGCCAGCCCUUCAGAGAUCACCUAUCGCUGGACUUUCCUCGGAGAACUGCUCUUGGCAGAGGGAUCCCCACGGUACCACCUUGGAGAUGGUGGCUCUCUGGAGAUUUGGAAUGUGACCCGGGCUGAUGCUGGGAAGUACACAAUCCAUUGUGAGAAUGCAGAGGGGCAGAAUGAGACAACGAUCUGGUUGGAUGUUCAUUAUUCUCCAUCCAUCCGCAGCAUUGGCGACCCAACCUACGUGGAUUUGGGAGGCACAGCGGAGAUUGUAUGCCAGGCUGAUGCCAACCCUACACUCUCAAGCAUGUUCCAGUGGAGGUGGCUGGGAGAUGUGGAGCACAGCUUGGAAGAGCUGGGCAUUGAACUGGUUUCGGAAGGGCAGAUGAGUCGACUGCGUGUCCAGACUGCACUGCGAGCCCACGCUGGGCUUUAUGAGUGCCAAGUAGACAACGGCAUCUCCCCGGUGGCCAGAAGCAGCGCCCGUUUGAUUGUGCGAUACUCACCAGAGAUCAUCAAAGGCCCCGGGCAGAGGAAAGUGGCAGCUACAGGGGAUGGAAAAAGCCAGGCCUCACUGCAGUGCAGUGCUCAAGGCGUGCCAAAUGUAAAGCUCAGCUGGGCCAAGAAUGGAGUCUCCCUUGAUCUCAACAGUCCCAGGUAUACCGUGGUCACAGAUCACGAAGGUUCCUUGCACAUCAGCACCUUGACAAUUGCCAACGUGAGCGCUGUUCACGACUAUGCCAUCUUCACCUGCACGGCCACCAAUGAACUGGGCACAGAUACCCUUGACAUCCAGCUGCAAAGUACCAGCCGUCCGGACCCACCAACGGGGCUAAAGGUUGCUGCUGUGGCCGACAGCAGGUUGGCUUUGGAGUGGACCCCCGGGUUUGAUGGAGGUCUUCCACAAAGUUUUCGUGUCAGGUACCACUGGCCAGACAUCCCCAGCUUUCUCUAUGCCGAUGUUUUCCCACCACAGUCCUCCGCAUUCACCUUGACAGGCCUGCAGCCAGAGACCACCUACAAUGUUUCUGUCAAUGCCCGGAAUGCUCUUGGCGAAAGCGACUUUGCUGAUGGUGGGGCAGGGCUCAGCGUCACCACAGCAGAGAGAGAGAAAAAGCCGGGUGAUGGUGAGCCAGAGAUUCCACCCACACCUGAACCAGAGAGCCCCACGAUGCCACUUCCUUUUAUUGGUCUCCUUGGCACCCUUGGGGGACUUCUGGUAGUUUCCAACCUCUUCCUUUUGGGCUGCUGGCUCUGUCGGCCAAAGACUCGGGCCCUCAAAGGAGAAGGAAGCCAUGGGCCGGUCAAGGAGAGAGUGAGAUUUGGGAACAACUAUUCAAUAAGCAAAUGGCUGAAACUCGGCGGGCAACCAGCUCAACUUGAGGAGCCCAGUUCAGAG